CGCCUCGAAGAAAACCGUCCCGCCAAUAACACGGAAGAGAAAAACGAAAUCUUGAGGGAGUCGCCGAAGCCGUCUGCUCCGGAUCAGAGGAGGAAGUCGUCGCUGUUCGGGAGGAUCCGGAAGUCCAUGUGGAGGAACAAUUCUGAGCCGGCACAGCGCCUCGAAGAAAACCGUCCCGCCAAUAACACGGAAGAGAAAAACGAAAUCUUGAGGGAGUCGCCGAAGCCGUCUGCUCCGGAUCAGAGGAGGAAGUCGUCGCUGUUCGGGAGGAUCCGGAAGUCCAUGUGGAGGAACAAUUCUGAGCCGGCACAGUAGGUUCUCGAC